AUGAAUCUUUUGUUGCGUGUAUUCCGCGAACCGGUUGUCACUGUGUCCAGCCUCGAUCAAACCGGAGAAGACAAUGCUCAUUUGAUUUUUGGUAGUAUUCUUGAUCUGUAUAACAAUAUGCGCAUUUUCUUGGAUACCGUUGAUGCUGAGGAAGAGGAUUCCUAUGUAACUAGCGUGGCAAAAACUUCGUUCUCAUCUGCCAGCACCACAUCCACCGCCAGUACACAUACGGAUAGUGCUACCAUUAGUGGCACAAGCUCAGAUAUGAGCUCUGGACACCAUCCUUCUGGUGUCUCGCUUGAUCCUUCCUCUCCGACAAUCACUUCUUCGAAUGAGGCGGAAAACACUACCAAGUCUUCAACCGAUACUCCGGACAGGUCACCAAGCCACAUGAAAGCUUUCAACACCGUUUCUCAGUCCAUUCGUGUGCCUGGUGGAGUUCAACGACAUCGACUGGUUGGAGUGUGUCUACUGGAAUUGGCCGAGGAUGACUCACUUCAUGCGUUUAGUCAGUAUGCCACUACUGUGCUGGACUCACUCAGUCGAGAUCGCGCCUGGGCUCUUUGCGAGACAGAGAGUUUCGUAGGCAUGUUGUGUCGUCUUAGUCGAACGAUUUUGCACACGACUUUGUUGAACAAGAUGCACAGCUCCGGAAUCGGACUUUGCUACGCAAGUGCUUUGGAUCUUCGUCUAACAGACGUGCAUUCAAUCACCUGUAGACGAUGCCGGUUUUGGGAUUCAGUGAUGAACGCCCCUCGACGUCGUUCGACUUCUUCACAUGCCGUUCGUCUGGCGAACGGUUCUAGUUCCUCUCCGGGUACGGCGGCUUUCCUCGCGGUGAAAAAUCCUGGGCAUCGUGCACACCGAUCAUCACAUUCUUCAUCCGUUUGCGACGUGCCUACUGGAGCUGCCGAAUGCAACUUCCUGGUUAAUGCUUUCAAAUACCUGUUACCUCGUCUAUUACUUCUUCCAAUUUUUCAAUUUUUCUAUCUCCAUGAGUUAAUCGAAACCCUACACCGGUCUGCCUACGAUGAUGAAGAGUGCGCCCGACUCAAGGAAGUGCUCAGUAUGCUAAGGAAAACUCGGUUGAGUCUGGAGCGGGAUCUGUCGAAACAAUCUUGGGUUUGCUUGCAUUUGGCACGCCUGAUAUCUACAGGACACUUGGUUGGCCGAUAUCUUCCGCUAUAUCUGGAUAUGCUUGCAGGCUCUGCUUGCCCACCCAGUCCACUAACUAAUAGCGGCAACCAGACAACACCACCCUCGCCAACUACAACUACCACCAGUGGUAGUUCGUUACUUGGUGCUUUCAACUCUACGGGGCAUCCCUCAUGCAUCACAUCCACCAUGACUACAGCAACCACGACUGUUACGACAACCACUGCUACCGCUACUGCGAAUACCGGCACUCCAUCCAUUUAUGCACAACCAUGCUCAAACACUGCUGGAGGUUCAGUAAACUUUGGGUUCUCAGCUCCGUCCGGUGAUAUGCCUGGUUACGGCCAGUCGGGUAAAGUGGAGGAGAUUGAACGUCUGCUUGGUGGCAAAGAUAAACUUUUAGCUCCGAAUUGCAGCCGUCUGGAACUAGGAGACUUUGUAAUGGAGGGACGCAUUCAUUUACGGACCGAGACCAAACGUUCAUCAACGGAACAUAUUGCUUAUCUUUUCACUGGCCUACUAGUCAUUUGUAAAUGGCAAGAGCGAGGUACCACCCUCAACCCGAGUCUGAGUCAGCCUUCGGUUCUGCGCGUAAAGCAUCGGAUCCCACUGGACGUGAUUCACGUUACCGACAUGGCUCCAAUUGUACAGCCUAACCUGCCUCUUUAUGUGGGAAACACCGGGACCGUUACUUCCUCAGCCGUUGGUGCUGCGGUUUUAGCUGCAGCCUCUGCAGCAGCUUGCGGAAUGAGUAUUCAUCAAGACGAUUGUUCUCACUUUUCUAGUUCCGGAUUGAACGGGUCGAUUCUUGGACAUUCCAGUCUGGUCAACACGAGUAGUUCUGGCUGCACCUCAUAUCCACACAGCUUUGAAUUAGAAUUUAUUGACCCAGCCCAAUUUGCUAGUUCCAGUCUGGCUCAGACCUCCGUCCAACGCCUCUCUAGUGGUUCACAAACCCGCCAUAGCAGCCCACCACAAAAAUCUCAGUGUCCUCUUACUUUACCUCCGGGUGAUUUGUGUCGUGGUGAUAUUGGAACGGGGACUGGAGGUAAUGGGGCAACUGGAGGUGGGUGUUGUGCAGAUGCGAACUGUCCAGCGGGAUUGACAGUACACCACGUUUGGUUAUCAUUUCGCACUCAGGAAGAAAAGGCCGACUGGAUGGCUAGUUUGCUCAGUAUUCAAUUACAUCGGUUGUUUCUUCGCUAUAUUCGAACUCUACCCAAAAUUGAAGUCCCUCUUCGCAUCCCCUCACCGGCGAACUACCGGUUUGCUCAACCCGACUGUGCAGAAAAUAUUGUUUUUGAAACUGGUGUGCCUGGUGAAAUGACGACCACACCGGAAGUCCGAGGUUCUAUCGAUUCUUCCGAUGAUGACCUAGACGAAGACGGUUGUCUCCCCCCCGAAUCAGAAGACUAUGAGCCAACUGCACAGGNUUGCCGUCGGUACCGAAAUCUCGUUAAUCUUAACGAUAGCAAUACGGCGACGUUGACUGCUGCUAGCAGCUCCGAUAUGCUCAAAUCAUUGGUGUCACGAACGGGGUUGGCAACACCGAGCGGUUCGGUUCGAGUUCCGGUAUCCACUUUAUCUGCUGGCUAUCCACCCCAAAUUCGCAUGGCUACCUUGGAAAAAGUGAUUGAGCGCAUGACUUACCCAUCGUAUUUUGAUGCCAGACUAGUCAACACAUUUCUCCUAGUGUAUCGUCGUGUGACCACACCAGAGGUGUUCCUAGAUCUAUUGAUUGAGCGCUUCCGCAUUCCCGAUCCGGAAUUUUUGCCAGCCGAGUGGGAAGUCGACACGGAACGAGGACAGCUAGAAUCCCCUGCACAACACAUGCUUAAGCGUUUUCGUUCUGGCUACAAGAAGCGUGUUCAGGCUCGAGUAAUCAUGGUCUUAUCACGAUGGGUGCGCAGUGGUCGCUACUACCAGAACGAUUUUGCCCCCCGUCCGGAUCUGCGUCGUCGGCUGUCAGAAUUCUUGGCUACGAUUCAGGCACGACAUUUACUGUCUGCAGUGAGGCGAAUUGUACAACACCUACAAAAUACCCCAGUCGGCUUAGCUGACUCUGACGCUGAUAAUGCUGGAGAUCCUACGGGUACAGCCUCCACAUACCUCGACUUGCAUUCAGCGAGCUCCAUCGCUGUUCGUCGUGCCGAGUCCCUAACUGACGGAUCUCGUCUACGUUCACAGUUAGAUACGGAUAAACCGAAACGAUUGAAUCUCACAUUGAUUCACCCCUACAAACUAGCGGAACAGGUCACUCUUUAUGAGUGGGAGCUGUAUCGACGUAUUCAAUUCUGGGAAGUGGAUGGACGUGAUCGCACCGAUCAUCCAACUCCAAAUCUGGACAAAUCUAAAUCCUUUUCCAAUCGCUUUCGCAAUUGGCUAGUUUGUGCAAUUCUGUCCGAACCGCAUCCAGACGAUCGGGUGGUGGCCAUCCAACGAGUAAUCGAUCUGAUGCUAAUUAUGGAACAAAUGAACAAUCUUCAGGGAAGUCAGGAAGCCAAAUCGGCAUUGAUUAGUGCUGCAGUGUUUCGUCUUCGCAAAUCUUUUCAGGCUAUCCGAAAAUUGCGUCACUAUCGGCAAGUAGUGGAUCGCAUUCGCCGUGAAGCUACUGUCGGUCCAAAGCCCCAAUCAGCUUUGACCGUCAGUACAAAUAGCAACCCCAGUUUACUCGGUCCCGGCUUGCCUUUCGCCACCAAGGCUAGUCGAGCUCACGAACGCCGUAUCAAGGACUUGGAGAAACGUCAAGCGUCUGGGGAAGCGAACAAUCCAUGUGUCCCGUUUAUCGCAGCUGGUGUUAUGACUCGGCUUAUUCAUUUAGAUUUACGGCAUUCGGANAGUGAUUUCGAGCGCCGUAUGUAUGAGCUAUCCGAAACCUACGAACCCCGCGAGAGUGAUUCGGGUGGUGAGAACGUCGCUUCUGUUGUCUCUUCCGCCGAACUGGAUCGUCGCAUGUCGAAGGAGGAAAUUCAAGCAGCAAAUUUGCUCAGCUCAGUCCCACUCAAGGAACGCAUGUCUUUACAUUCAGUGUUCACCUUUUCCGCUAUACUUUCAUCCGGCUAUUCCGGCUCAUAUUCCUCGCGUUUGUUCUCGCCAUCCAGUGCAUCUGGUGCUGGGGGUUCUCGGUCCUCGCGCAAGGGACUAAAAAGCCCUCAAAGCGUUAGUCCACCACCACCACAUUCAAAGACAUCUCGAUCACAAGAUAGAGAUGCUGCUGGAAAAGUACAACAGCACAAAUAUCUCUUAAUUCCAUCCACUGCGUUGGUAUCUGGACUUGUUGGUGGUCCGGCUGAUGGUGUUGCCUCAACGACGAUCGCUGCCUCCGUAUUAGCAGCCACCGUAACUGCAUCGUCAGGAACUCAUCAACACAGCAUGUCUGACAGCCAGGUAUUCACCAUUAGCCGACGCAUGUCACCUCGUCAUCAAACAAUGCAUUCAAUUGGAACCUCCAGUGUGAGUACCGGUCCGAGCGCCAUAACAGGAUCAGAAUCUCAUUGCUUCAUGAGUCGUUCCUCGCCUCCUACAUCUCCUCACAUCUCCGGUCUGCAUACCAGCGCACCGCAUGAUCCACUUCCGCCUCCUCUUCCACCGCGCAGAUCCGGUCAAACUUCAAGUGGAUCGAGUACUAAAUUUCACAAAAGUCCCAGUCCUCUUCCUCUCCUGGUGGCUCCAUCCGUAGUGUCUAGUCCGCGUGUCUCUUCUCCGCAUCAUCACAAUCUCUGUCAGCAUGAAACUGUGACCUCAGCCUCAACUCCGCCCUGGCUUCCGCCGGAUGUCGUAGUUGACAAUCCAAUCUAUCUGCCACAGGCCGCUUCACCUACACCGCCACCACUCCCCCCAAAGGGAGGUUCUAAUUGUCCACGGGGUACAAUGCGUACUAACAGUGCAAGUGCAUCAUCCUCACCUCAUUAUCAUCACCAUCAACAUAUGCUGCAAACUCCGUCGAACGGACAGACAUUCUUAUUCGGUCCAGACGGUAACGGAUGUGGUCGUGAAGCUCCUCCACCUUUGCCACCACGACAGCAGGUGGCCAUCACACCUCCGGCUGGUUCAUCUUUAGCUUCCAGACCAGGAUCGGCUUCGCACAACACUAGUGAUCAAAUCACAGUUCAGCAAUCAGUUCAAUAA